AUGGAAAUAUUCAAAGUUUGUUUGGAUUAUUGGAAUUGGUUAUGUGCCGAGUUGUAUCGUGAGUUCCCAUUCCAAAUCGAUCGGCCACUGAUAAGCAGUUUCCCGAUUUUGAAUCGACAACAAGAACCACCGCGCCGUGCGCUCUAUAACAGUGUCCUUUCUGAAGUGAGUUGA